ACGCUCCAAACAUUAACCAACAGCAGUAGAGCUCCUUCUUCUGUCCGUAGCUCGUACGUGCCAUCUCCAUCUCACCUACAAUCUAGCUUACACGAACAAGCAGUGUCAAAGUCACAGCAACAAUGACCGUCGUCGACGCCGCCGCCGCCGUCGCGCAGGAGCUGCCCGGGCACGGGCAGACCGUGUGCGUCACCGGCGCCGCCGGGUACAUCGCGUCGUGGCUCGUCAAGCUGCUCCUGGAGAGGGGCUACACCGUCAAGGGCACAGUGAGGAACCCAGAUGACCCGAAGAAUGCACACCUGAAGGCGCUGGACGGCGCCGCCGAGAGGCUGGUCCUCUGCAAGGCCGACCUCCUCGACUACGACGCCAUCUGCGCCGCCGUCGAGGGCUGCCACGGCGUGUUCCACACCGCCUCCCCCGUCACCGACGACCCUGAGCAGAUGGUGGAGCCGGCGGUGAGGGGCACGGAAUACGUGAUCGACGCGGCGGCGGACGCCGGCACCGUGCGCCGGGUUGUGUUCACGUCGUCCAUCGGCGCCGUCACCAUGGACCCCAACCGCGGGCCCGACGUGGUCGUCGACGAGUCCUGCUGGAGCGAUCUUGAGUUCUGCAAGAAAACCAAGAACUGGUACUGCUACGGCAAGGCGGUGGCGGAGCAGGCGGCGUGGGAGAAGGCGAGGGCGCGCGGCGUGGACCUGGUGGUGGUGAACCCGGUGCUGGUGGUCGGGCCGCUGCUGCAGCCGACGGUGAACGCCAGCGCCGCGCACAUCCUCAAGUACCUCGACGGCUCCGCCAGGAAGUACGCCAACGCGGUGCAGGCGUACGUGGACGUGCGCGACGUCGCCGGCGCGCACCUCCGGGUCUUCGAGGCGCCCCAGGCCUCCGGCCGCUACCUCUGCGCCGAGCGCGUCCUGCACCGCCAGGACGUCGUCCACAUCCUCGCCAAGCUCUUCCCCGAGUACCCCGUCCCAACAAGGUGCUCUGACGAGGUGAACCCACGGAAGCAGCCUUACAAGAUGUCCAACCAGAAGCUGCAGGAUCUUGGCCUCAAGUUCACUCCUGUGAACGACUCUCUGUACGAGACGGUGAAGAGCCUCCAGGAGAAGGGGCACCUCCCGGUGCCGAGGAAAGAUAUCCUCGCACCACAGCUGGACGGUGCAACAGCGUGAUGGUGCUGAAGAAACAGCACAGUUCACGUUUUUUCUGUAACAUGAUCUGUUAUGUUUGUGUAUACGUCCUAUCUAAUAUCGUGUUAUGUUAUUUAAGUGGACUAUAAGCAAACAUAGUAAUGUAUCGUCUUCGAUGGUCAACGCUUAAAAGUGAGUUUCUGAAAA